CAAAUCAAUGAACUCAGUCAAAAGAUCGGGGUUGGGCAAACGAAGUUCAGACUGAUUCGCGGAUACAUUGCCAUCGCUGUAUAGUACAGUAGUAUAUGUCAAAUACAGUAUACUAUUUAGGCCUACAGUAGCCUAUAAUUUAUGCUUUAGUGUAGCAAAGAUACGAUUUGUUUUAAAAAAACAUCUCUGGUUAAAUGUACAACUUCUCCUAAACAGCCAUUGGAUACAAAUAGUUCGAAAUAAAUCUGUUUUGGGAUUUUGGAAACCGACGAUGAUUUUUGCGAAUUCUGCGAAUCCAUUGAGGACUCCGUAUCGUAAGCAGAGGGAAAAUACAUGGGAUCCUUCAACCGCCAAGAGUCCCCGUCAGAGUUAAUUGAGGACAGCCGUCAGAGCAGCACUCUUUGUGAAAAGCCACCUGUUGCCUCCUCCUCCCAGCCCAUGGCUCCGCCCAGCCCCAGCACCAACAGCAGCACCAACAACAGCAGUAGCUCCAGCACUGCAGGUUGGGAGCAACUCAGUAAAACCAACCUGUACAUCCGAGGCCUUGCCCCAGCCACCACCGACCAUGAUCUGGUCAAGCUUUGCCAGCCGUAUGGCAAAAUUGUAUCAACAAAGGCCAUCCUGGACAAGACGACAAACAAAUGUAAAGGUUACGGCUUUGUGGACUUUGAUAGCCCUGCUGCAGCUCAGAAAGCUGUCACUGCCCUGAAGACCAGCGGGGUCCAAGCCCAGAUGGCUAAGGUGAGGCAACAAGAACAAGACCCAACCAACCUGUAUAUCUCCAACCUGCCGCUGUCGAUGGACGAGCAGGAGCUUGAGACCAUGCUCAAGCCCUUUGGCCAGGUCAUCUCUACCCGAAUACUGAGGGACUCCAAUGGGACCAGUAGAGGAGUGGGCUUUGCAAGGAUGGAGUCGACAGAGAAAUGUGACUCCGUUAUCUCUCACUUCAACGGGAAGUUUAUUAAGACACCACCUGGAGUUACUGUGCCACCGGAGCCCUUACUGUGUAAGUUUGCUGACGGCGGGCAGAAAAAGAGGCAAAGCCAGUAUACAUUUUUGCAGAACAGCCGUGCGUGGGCUAGAGACGGCGAUGCUAGACUGGCUGGAAUGACCCUCACGUACGACACCACCACAGCGGCUAUGCAAAACGGAUUUUAUGCGUCUCCAUACAGCAUCGGAAACAGGAUGAUUGCUCAAACGUCCAUGUCUCCAUAUCUCUCACCUAUCUCCACGUACCAGGUACAGAAUCCCUCCUGGGUUACUCACCAGCCCUACAUCAUGCAGCACCCAGGAGCGGUGAUAUCGCCCUCUAUGGACCAUACUAUGUCACUACAGCCUACAUCCAUGAUGAGCCCUCUCACUCAGCAGAUGAGUCAUCUCUCCAUGGGUAGCACAGGAACGUACAUGGCUGCAAACUCUAUGCAAGGAGCCUAUAUUCCCCAGUACACACACAUGCAGGCCACAAAUGUUCCAGUGGAGGACAACAGUCAGCAACAACAGGUGGAGUCAUCAAGUGAUCAUUCCCCUUACACCUACCAACAAACCAAGUAAUAUGGAGGUGUGGUAGGAGCCCAGAAGACAGAGUGGGAUGACAGUUGAAACAAUCAUGGCUGCUUCUGGUGAUGGAUUGUGCGUUAAGGAUUUAUCCCCAUUUUGUACAGAAUUCUGCAAUGAUUUACUUUUGUUUGUGAUAAGAAAAACAAGUGAGACAAUUUUGGUAUGUCCCAUGAGGUGCAAAUAAGUGAUUAAUUUCAUCAAAGGAUUCAAAUUCUCUCUAAAAAAACAAGAAAAAGUAGUUGUAUUUUACUAAAGAAAGAAUGUUUAUUUUUUACCAAGAAUUGUCACAUGGAUGCAAGAACCUAUAGAGGAUCAUGUGACUUGUUGUUUAUGGUGCAUGAUAGUAAAGAUGUCUUUUGUUAAUAUUUUUUUAUAAUUUUAAUUGAGUUUUUCCUCUUAUUUUGUACUGAAAUAGAAUUUUCUGAAGUUUUAUUAUUUAUCUUGAAAAUGAUGUUUUGUGCUUGCUGUGUGAGUGUUGCUAUGGUGACGUGUUAAAUGUUUCUUAUUGUAAAGUGAUUUAUCGUAGUGGUCUAGAUUGAUCUUUCCAUCUAGACUACAGUAGCUGUAUAGGCAAUCUCCUAGGCUAGAAAUGAGGAAGUCAUGGUGAGAGCUAUUGCCUUGUAAAUCAGUGAAAUAGGGCUUUUCCUUUGGAUAUAGCAAAAAUAAAUCUGCUGUGUUUAAAUGUUCUUGCUUUUCCCCUCUGAAAAUGAAUCUAAAGUAGAAGUUUUUGAGAAUUUUUUUUAGAGUGAAAUUACCCUCUAAAUCUGAUGAUGUUUUAAUAGAAUGUAAUGUUUGUAUAAUCACAGGGCCUUAAAUGUCUCUGGUUGUUUGAAUGUGCUAGAAAUUCUGUUGAAUUAUCACAUUUUGAAUCUUGCCUUUUUUUGAUUACUUGGUGUUGUAGAUUAGCCUAAAAUUAGCUUCUAGGGGUGGGGAUGGAAUGUGGUUGUGUCUUUUUGGGGGAUUUUGUUCUUUUUCACUUUCAGUUGAAAUGCAAAGAGGCAAACUUCGAUUUAUCAAAGCCUUCCAGUGCAACUUACGGCAAACGUUUAAUGGAGUUUUAGUGGGGAAAAACUGAGAUGAAUAUGUAGAUAUUAUUGCACCCAGCUCUUUGAUAGGAAACAAACAAGCUCGGCACUUUCAAUUAUGAUUUACUUCACCAAAGAACUGUGAGCUAGUAAAUUGAGGAAAUAGUUUAAUUUCUCUUUCUAACCAGGAUGUAAUUGACUUUUUGCCAGACUAGAUUGCAGUUUGGAGAAUGUGCCUUUUUUGUACAUUUACAUUCAGUUGUCAUACGUUUUAUGGGAAAAUAUGGACACAAACAAGCAUGAAGGACGAUUUGGAUCCAACAAGUGCCACACACUGAUUUUGUCACUACAGAAAAAUGGAAAAUGCAACGUUAUAAAAUGAAUUGAACCAGGAAA